AUGAAUGCCACGGGGUCCGCAGUGAAGGCCCCUGACACCUGCCAGCAGCUGGCGGCCAGUGGGCACAGCCAGCUCAUUACCCUGCACUACAACCACUCGGGCCGGCUGAUGUGGCGGACCAAGCAGGAGGACGGGGGCCUGAGUGUCCUGCAGGGGCUCUUCGUGGCCAUGAGCUGUCUGGUGGUGCUGGAGAACCUUCUGGUGCUGAUGGCCAUCGUGACCCGCAUGCGCUCCCGGCGCUGGGUCUACUACUGCCUGGUGAACAUCACCCUGAGCGAUCUGCUCACCGGCUUGGCCUACCUGGUCAACGUCCUGCUGUCUGGGGCCCGGACCUUCCACCUGGCGCCGGCCACCUGGUUCCUGCGGGAGGGCAUACUCUUCAUGGCCCUGGCUGCCUCCACCUUCAGUCUGCUUUUCACAGCCGGCGAACGCUUUGCGACCAUGGUGCGGCCGGUGGCCGAGAGCGGGACCACCAAGAGGGGCCGCGUCUUGGGCUUCAUUGGGCUGUGCUGGCUGCUGGCCGCCCUGCUGGGCCUGCUGCCCCUGCUCGGCUGGAACUGCGUGUGCUCCUUCCAGAGCUGCUCCAGCCUGCUCCCGCUCUACUCCAAGGCCUACAUCCUCUUCUGCGUGGUCAUCUUUGCCUGCAUCCUGGCCACCAUCAUGGUGCUCUACGGGGCCAUCUUCCGGGUGGUGCGGGCCAACGGGCAGAAAGCCUCGCGCCCCCCGUUCCGCCGCAAGGCCCGCCGGCUGCUCAACACGGUGCUCAUGAUCCUGGUGGCUUUCGUGGUCUGCUGGGGUCCCCUCUUCGGUCUGCUGCUGGCCGACAUCUUUGGCUCCAACAUCUGGGCCCAGGAGUACCUGAGGGGCAUGGACUGGAUCCUGGCGCUGGCUGUGCUGAACUCGGCCGUGAACCCGCUCAUCUACUCCUUCCGCAGCCGGGAGGUGUGCCGGGCCGUGCUGGGCUUCCUCUGCGGCGGGUGCCUCCGGCUGGGCCUUCGCGGGCCUGGGGACUGCCUGGCCCAGGCUGUCGAGGCGCACUCGGGAGCCUCCACCACUGACAGCUCGCUGAGGCCCAGGGACAGCUUUAGGGGCUCUCGGUCGCUCAGCUUUCGGAUGCGGGAGCCCCUGACUAGCAUCUCCAGCGUGAGGAGCGUCUGA